UGUGCGCGUCCUGUGCGGGGUUCGCUCCUUUGUGUGCUUUUUUGUCAUCUUGCGGUGCGGCGUGUGCCUCGGGGGAAGCAUUCGUUGGAGCACGAAAAGGAGCACGUUUUGUGCAGGGAAACGGAAGCAUUUGAAUUGUACGGGAAGGACUAGGUGUAGAUUCGUGAAAUAAUGUCUGUUAGCGUGGAAUCUGGAUUUUCUAGUGAAGAGGUGCUUAAUAUUCGCUUCCCACUGCACCGGGCGUGCAGGGAUGGAGAUAUCGGCGCCUUGUGCUCGCUCCUUCAGUGCAUCAAAAAUGAGGCAGACCUCGCCGCAGAAGAUUCUUUCUACGGUUGGACACCCAUACACUGGGCAGCGCAUUUUGGAAAGCUGGAGUGCAUGAUGCGUCUGGUGCAGGUGGGCAGCGGCGUGAACGCUGUGACGUCCAAGUUUGCCCAGACGCCCACGCACAUCGCCGCCUUUGGAGGCCACCCAGAGUGCCUGCUGUGGCUGCUUCAAGCCGGGGCCGACAUCAACAGACAGGACUAUGUGGGUGAGACGCCCAUCCACAAGGCGGCCCGGGCUGGCAGCAUUGAGUGUAUUAACACUCUUCUGUUACAGGGAGCCAAAGCUGACCUGAGAAACGCUAGUGGGCUGACCGCAGCAGACCUGGCCCACGCCCAGGGCUUCCAGGAGUGUGCCCAGCUCCUCUCUAACGCCCAGAACCAGCUCAACCAGCUCAAUGACUUCUGCCUCAAUGGCGUGGUCAAUGGAGACCGCCCUCAUAUCCAGGUGCGAAGCAUCUUCAAUGGGGCACCCAGUAGAAAAAGGUCACUUGAUUGCAUGGAGUCCAACCACAUCAAGAAGGCCAGAACUUAUGGCCCGGACUCACCUAUGAACAUGUUUGGCAGCGCGGAGGGGGAGCUGGAGAGCAUGCACACGGAGUCCGCGGAGGUGCCGUCCAGUUCAGGAGACCCUAUAGCCACAAAUUUGACCAACGGUCACACGCCGGAGGAGACUUUUCUGGCUAACGGAUUUUCUGUGAACAUGCCCUGCCACCUGCUGAAUGUCACUGGAGGCGAGAAUGCCCUGCUGGGCGAGGUCUCAGCCCAGUGGGUAACAGCAGGAGCCUGCCCCACGCAGAAUGGGUUGGCCAUGGGCUUCUCCACCCCGGCCUCCGAGGGGAAAGACAGCAGCCCGAGAGAUGACAUGUGUGGUUCCCUGCACCUCGAUGGCAGCCCGAGUAGCUGUGUGUCCCACCGGCCCACCUGGGCAUCGGCUGGUGAGGCUGAGCACUCAGACCUCGGAGAUACUCUGCACUACGGACACUACCACGGGUUUGGCGACACCGCGGAGAACAUAGAUGAGGCCAGCAGCCAGAUGGAGCACAGCACGUCCGUGAAGGCCGAGCAGCGGUACGACCAUGCGGUCUUCAGCACCAUGCACCUGUAUCACGGCUCUUAAGGCUGUGUCUGUCCAUCUCUUAGCCCAGCCAGCCAGCGCCAGAAUUGCCUGCCCUACACCAAACAGUGUGCGCAACUUCGCUGCUGCGAAGUUUUUGUUUGCCAGGGCAAUGGUUCAAUACUCCUGACCACACAUUGAGACAAAAGGGCAAUGUAGCCUUGCUUGUAAAGGGAAAAAAUAAGCUCUUUCGUUAUUUCUUGUAACGGUUGUACUAGUUAUUAUAUAAUAAUGUAGCAGUUUUUUGUGGCUGAAGGAGUUGUCAGUGGAUCCCAACUGAAAAGUUUGUAUGAGCAUACUAAAAUGCAAUUUUUACACUUUCAUUACCAAGUUCUGAAAUUGAUUUGAGUGCAUUUCGCUAGUUAGACUCCCUUUUGAGAAGCAACUGAUUCAUGCAUGUCCUUUGUCAGUUUGAAAAACAGUGACUUGUUUAAAUGUUAGAAGAGAAAAAUGUUUUUGUGCCAAAUUUAAUUAUUGAACAUGGCACCAGCAUUAAUCGAGACAUCAUGGUUUUGGAACUUAGAAUUUUUUUUUUAUGAAAAGUUGAGUGAAAAUGGAACUGGCUCAGGCUGUGGACGUGUUUGUGUUGUGAAGAGAAUUGCUUAAUUGAAUGGCCUCCAUCACAUUCCGUUUGGUAUCAUUUCUGUAUUCUGAUGACAAUAAAGAAACUGACCAUGAGUGUGUGUAGGUGUGUUCCUGAAACUACCGCUUUCCCUCCAGUCUCCAACAGCAAUAUACAUUAAUUAACAAACAUAUGUAAAUUGUGUAAAUCACACAGAGUGCACCAAUCAUCCUGUACUUCUCUUGCUACUUCAUUCCAUAUUUCUUUUUCAUGUCUUCAGCACUUGCCUGUCGCCUGUCACCCGGCAUCGACCUUCAUGGCCUGCAAUAGUAUAAACCCC